UUUCCCCUUAAUGUCGACUUAAAAAUGAGACCAGACUAAUCCUAUAUUAUCUCAUUACUAAUUUAAAAAAAUAUAUAUAGAUAUAUAUUUUAAAAGCCCAGCUGCAGUUUCAGCCGGGAAGUAAACUCUAGUACCCUUGGGGUCUCUUCAACAACGUUAAUGUCGCUGUGCAUUCUGGGAGUUACAGUUUGUGCCACAUAUCCGUCUGUAAGCGACAACUUUGUACAGUCAGGCUGAAACUCGUCCGGCGGGUCGGGCUGCACUCUUCUCCUGCAAGGAUGUUUUCCCGGGAAUGCUACGCUUCAUCUGGAUAUCGUCUGCUGGAGUAAAAGCACGGAGCUCGGACAUGUAACUCCCUUCCGGGGAAACUUUUACGGCUCCGUAGCUAACGAAGAAUAGCUAGUUAACGAACCGUGGCGAAAAUUAGCUUACUAAGCUAAUAGCCGGAUUCAAUGAGGGGAGGAGUGGGUUGUUGUGCAAAUUUAUUUUAUUUUGAUUUUAAUUUUUUUUUUACAAUGGUUUAGCUCUCUACAACCUGCUUGCGUACUUUGGGAGCUUCCCGAUGGCACCGCUGAAGCAUGGAUAACGAUAAGAAAAUUUUGUACAGGGGUGCCAUUUGUGCUGUUAUCAGUUUUGGGUGAUUUACUUCAUUGAUUUCCCUGAUCCUUAACCAGAUAACAUGACGCUGUCAGGAAAAAUCCCAGUGGAGCCGGUGUGUUAAGCUCAGAUUACUGCUUUUAUUCCCAAAGAAUGUCCGACUUAGAAAGUUCCAGUUCAUAUUUUGGCUUGGAGGAUCCGCGGUGGCUAUGUAUGGUCACAUUGUUUAUCGCUUCCCUGGUUACUCUUAUACUGUAUUUCAUACAGUACUUCCAACAUAAGAUUGUAGGAAAUAAGCAGGGAGCAGCAGAAGAGGACAAUGCUGCGGCAGAAGAGGAGGAAGCCGCCGCUCUGCUGGGAUGGGCGCUGUCACUGAAAAGCUGGAAGAGUCAGUGGAGAAGAGCUUGGUGCAGGGCUUUGAAUGACGAGACAAGGAAGCGAGAGGGUGCCUUUCUGUUGACAUUUGAAGAGGACGGCCUUGAGGCGUCGGACCUCAGGGUUAGCAAAGUGUCCAGCUUUCAGAAGUCUGCCAGCAACAAGGCCGCUUACUGCAGUGUGGUUGGGGAGAAGCUUCAGUUCUGUCUGAGUGCAGCACCGACAGCCAUGGCUACAGCAGAUCCUUGGAAAUAUACUGUCUGUAUAGCUCCAUUGGAGCUGCAGCUUCAUCUACGCAUGCAAGAAGCUAAAGAUGAGGUCAAGGUAAGCUGGGAAGUGUCCCACCUGGAGAUGGAGGAGCUGCAGGUGAAGCCCACUUUCACACAGGACAAUGCCAACAGUUGCAGUGUAGCAGCUAUAAAGGAGCAGCUGAGGCAGCUUUUGUGUGUGACGCAUCCCUCUGUGUUGCUGAGCUGCAGGCCUGCUCAGGCCUCAGAGGUCAAGGAACCCCACAAUAAAGUGGCAUCACCCCCAAAGCCCCCACGCGCCCAUGACUGGAAGCUGCUGGUGAAAAAUAUCCGCGUCACACUCGACCAGGAGGAAGAUGCUGCAGGCAGUGUGAAUCCUCUGUGUGUGCUGCAGUUAGAUGAUCCGCCACAGAGGUUUAACACUUCUGUUUUGAAGAAAACAACCAGUCCUGCCUGGGACCAGCCGUUUAUUUUUGAAUUGAAUGGACGAUCAAAGGAGCUCAGUAUUCAGUUGAUGAAUAAUGAACAACCUCCAGAGGAUUCCUUACUUGGUCAGGUGUUGGUGCCUGUUGAUCUUGUGAAGAAGCACCCGAAAGGACAGCAAACAUUUGCACUCAAGACCAAAGAUGUAGUGACUGGAUCACUGACUACUGACUUUACUUACUUGGAGCCCAGUGAGGUGAGGUCUUGGCAGCCUCCUACCCCAGCCUCCAAUAAGAGGGUGGAGAUGGACCGCACAGUCAUGCCCUGUGGCACAGUCGUUACCACCAUCACAGCGGUGAAGAGCAAGCCGGGUCGACCACUCCCACUCAAUAUAGAUUCUGCCCAGAAGGCCGUCGUCAACAAGUCCAAGCUGGUGGAGCGUCGCGUUUCAGAGCAGGUGUCUAUGCUAGGGGGCACCGUCAGUAAGGCCCUGUCCUCCUCUGACACCGAGCUGUUGAUGCUCAACGGAGCAGAUCCCGUGGCUGAAGCCGCCAUUAGACAACUCCACCAGUCUGCCAAGCAGAAGCUGAAGUCCCCAGUGAAGAAGAGUACCAUCAUCAUCUCGGGCAUCGCCAAAACGCCCUUGUCUCAGGAUGACGAGUUGGCUCUGAUGGCUGGUUAUGCUGCAGCGAUGGAUGCAUCAAUGUCAGAGAGCAGUUCUACUCAGGAUGUGACCACAGCGAUCGCAUCAGGGACCAGUAGCCCUCCAGAUACGUCAGAGCUCCAGGAAGCCCCCAGAGGGGAAGGCCGGCCUCCGGAGGACUGGGAGAGCCAAACUGGCGAGGAACAAGACAACACUUCUCUGUCCAUGUGUGUGUCUGAGGCGAGCUGCAAGAAGAGCAGAGGCAGCUUCCUGCAGAAGAGUGCCAAGCUCUUCUUCCGACGGCGUCACCAGCGCAAAGACCCGGGAAUGAGCCAGUCACAUAAUGACCUGGUUUAUCUGGAGUCUCCGGCCGCAGUGGAGCGUGCCAGCCGAACAGCCACGCUUAGCCGCAUGCUCAACCGCAAGAGUAAGAGUAAAGCCAACGGCUCUACCUCUGUGGGGGAGCCACAUGCGUGACCCCCUCACUCAACCUUAACCUCAGUCCCUCCCACAACAACUACCAUCAUCACCUCCACCUCAAAUUGCACUGGCAAACAUCUUGGCUAACCUACUCCCCCUAAUGCCUGACUUGCAUACUGGAGCUGCUGCAUUGUGGAUGGGAAGGCAGAGCUGAUACAAAAAUAUCAUAAUUUAUGGCCUGCUUAAGUGCUUCAGAUAGGAAGCAGACAUCACCAACAGCAAGUGUGUGCAUGUGUGGAUGAUCCUGUCCUGGAUUGAUUUCAGAGAUUACUCUGCAUGUUUCCUUUAUUUGAUUUUAUGCAACAUUUUGAAAUCUUUAAGUGCUUUUAUGGCUGCGUUGUGGACAGAAGGGACUGCUGUGGGCCAUCACUCUUUACCUCACUGAACGCUGAGGGUGAACGGGAAAACUCUCCCUGCUGUGAGCCGUAAGUUGCCUACGGUGACUCAACAGGACCAAAGAUGAAGAGCAGAGUGGUGCUUGUAUGAUUUGCACAGUUUUAGUACCUUUUUAAUUUAAAGUGCAUUGACAGGAGCUACUCUUGUGCAAGAGACUGUAGUUCAUUUACAAAGGGAGAUGAUCUUUUCACUGCAAGACUGGUGCGAGUGGGAGAGCGAUAUGACUACGUGUUGACACUAAUAUUAAACGAUUUGUUUAUUACCCUAAAUGUAUCCCAAAUAAAGCUAAAUGAAGUAUGUAAUAUGUACAUGAAAUCUGUAAGACUAAAAAUUUCUGCCUUAUGUCUAUCAAACAUUUCAAAAAGCGUCAUUUGGUUGUCAGUUUAAAUAAGUUAAUGUGAUCUUAAAAGAAAGAAGCGGUCUGUUAAAUGCUUUUUGUGGCGUUUUCAAAUUAUAUGCAACUUUCUUCUUUGUUUCCCUCGAGGGUUCCUCUUGUACACUACUGUUCUCAGCAGGGUCAUUAUGUGUGUCUGAAGGGAACUGAACCUUUAUCCAGGGACUGCGAUGUUACACACGGCCAUACUUGUCGCAUUAAUGAAACUCAUCGAUCCUUCAUUACAUUUGAACAGCACGAACUGCUUUGUUGUUUUAUUCUGUUUAAAGAUGUGCACCUGAACAAAAGAAAAGUGUGAACACCUAUGAGAGCAACCAAAUUGCGUGGCUGCUUAGUUUUUAUGUUUUAAAUCCAGCUAAUGAUUGUAGUUUUUGUUUUUCUGUGAGCAGCUUGUUUGUCUACAUCAUGUUAACUACUGUUUGUUAAUUCCGCUCAGAGAGCUGAAUGAUUGCCUUACAGUUGUUCUGUGAAUGAUGUCCCAGCUGCUCGAGUCUUGUUCCUCAACUUGACAUGACUUUGGGUCCUGAGGCUGCGUCUGCUAUCAAACAGAGACUGUGGUGACCUGUUGGAAGGGCUCUGAGAGGCAAGCAUACCACUGUGUUCCUGCAUCAUCAGCAGUUUCUAUAAUCAAUAAGCCUAUGCACUUAACAUAUUUGUUAACUGGGUGUUUACAAUAUUAGACUACCUGAGAAUUUAAAACACUCCCUCGUUCUUCAUGAUAGUACUCCUCUGCAGAUACAGCGUGGAUGUCUUUGUAUUCAUAUUUACAUGAUCUGCUCUAAUCCACUGUCAUUGAGUGUAGUCAACAACAACAAAAGAAGCCCAGAUUCAGGCCAAAGAAAAUAAUCACUCAGACAGAAGCACCUUCAAACUCUGAGGAGAGGAAUGGAGGGAAGACAGGUUGUUUUAAAUCAAGCUCAGCUUCUUACAGCCUGCAAAGCAUUAACUGCUGUUGUGCGUUCAGUAAGCGGUAGGGCUGUAUGUGAUUAAUGAAUUGCUUCCUGAUGUUUUUCUUUUUUGAUGGCAUCUGCUCUGUGUGCAGAAAGUGGCUGACUGCACUGUUGCUGCAGAGCGUCAGUCACUUCCCUGCAGGGACUGUAACUACUAUACAUAUUGGGUUCAGCAAUAAAUAUUGAUUGAAUAACUGA